AGCUCAUUUUGACGAUUGACUAUCAGUGUUUGUGCUUAUGUAUAGUAUAACCAUGCCUUUGAGACCACAAAUCGCAACAACGUGCUAUUUUUGUAUGGUUUUACUAGCAAUUGUAGUCAUAUUUACAGUGGAUAAUGGAGCAGCUAAACGUGGGUGUGCCAUGUUUGGUCAUUCUUGUUACGGUGCUCACGGUAAACGGUCUUUUCAAAUGCCCAUGCAACAACCAGCUAGAGAUUGGCCAAUCACAAGUGAAGAAGAGACCCAGAUCGAUGAUGCCAUCAAUAAGUACUUUAAAAUAAAGCCGUCGUCGCCGCACUUUACACCGUUUUGGCAAAAAAUGGUGCAGAUGUACAACGAACGCAAAAGUAAUCAUCCUAGCAACGACAACAACAUGUGAAGACAGAACCGAUCGAGAGAUUGAAACAAUUCUGUUUUCUUGAUUUGGACACACAUAAUAUUUUCAUUAUUGUCGUCAGACAUAUCGAUUAGACUUAAAAAUCCCUCCACAGAAAAAUAAAAACAAUUUUCCCUCGUCUCCUUAUAUUUUCUAAUUUCCCUAUACUAUGUUAUAUACGUAUAAUGAUGAUGAUUAUAACAAUAUA